AUGAAAACUGAAAACUAUGCACCAACCGGAUAUGGAAGGGUAACAUCAACCAACGGACAGGAGCCUUGUAACGACCAUGAAAUGGGCGCCAUCGACCUCUAUCCAAACUGCGAACCGCAGAGCAUGUUUCUUCACUGCUCAGCCACGAGGCUAAUUUGCAAGGCAAAAGAGGUGGCGCAAGUUGCCCCCCCGCGCGCGAUAGCCUCGCUCACCAUCGGCUCUGCUGCGAACUUAAGCCGCACAUUCGUCACCAUGAACAAAGACGACGUCGUAGUGGAUCCCGUUGAGCUCGAAGCCAUAUUCGAACAGAAACGAUCUCUCAGAUCCAAAGUACGCAAAGCUCUCAAAAACAUGGACCCAAUCCAGAGAUCUCAAGAAGAUAAUGCAAUUCAGAAUAUGGUUCUAGAAUCCUCAUGGUUCAAAGCUAGUAAGAGCUUAUGUGCUUACAUAAGUUCUCCCACUUUACGCGAAGCCGAUACUUCAAGGAUUGUGUCGGAUGUUUUGUCAAGUCCAGCCAAAGAGAGGAAGAAGCUUUAUGUUCCGCGUGUGGAGGACAUGAAUAGCAAUAUGAAAAUGCUAAUGAUAUCCGGCCUUAAUGAUCUCAUCGAAAAAACAAUGAACAUCUUGGAACCCGCCUUAGUAGAUUCUGAUGGGAACAAACGUGAAGAUGUUAUGCAGGCAAGUCAUCCAGUCGACCUGUUUAUCGUACCCGGGCUUGCAUUUGAUAAAUCUGGAAGCCGUCUGGGCCGUAGUGGGGGUUACUAUGAUUUGUUCCUAAAGAACUAUCAAGAGCUCACAAAGAAGAGGGGAUGGAAGCAGCCCCUUCUUGUUGGAUUGUCAUAUUCUGUGCAAAUUAUGGAAGAAGGAGCAAUACCUGUCACUCCCUUUGACAUUCCCGUGCAUGCUCUUGUAUCUCCGGCUGGUUUCACUCCAAUAAGCACAGCUGCUUUGAGGAGAUGUGAUUGAGCAAAGCUAUCUCUUUUCUGUGGCAAUAACAUGUGUCUUUCAUUGAUUUGGAAGCUGGGUUCUAACGAAAAUGAAAAAGUAUGGUUAGCAUCUCAAAUUGGUGAAGCUUGAACAGGACAUAUAGAGUUCCUAUUUUAUUUGCUUAUUAGUGGAAGGAAUUUCAAUUGGAUGGCUUUGCUUUGACAGAAGUCUUGAAAGUGGUAAUUGCGGAAGUGGAAAUAUUGUGGAUCAGGGUGAUUUUCUUGCUUUCUUUGGAAGUUCAAAGUUUAUGAUAUUUUUGAAUUAUGAUGCUGUUGAAAGCAGUAGUCUGGCUGCGAAAAUGUAAUCAAUCGUAACAGGAGAGAGUAUCAUGGUAGACAACCACAAUCAACUUGCCCGGGAGGUUAUUAACAAAGAAGCUUGCAGUCAAGAUGCUUUCCAGGCUGCCUUCAUAUUGCUUCUGCUGCUUCUGUGGGCAACAGGAGUAGUUUACUGGACAAAAUAUCGUACUUGAAAAGUUUUGUUAUAGUUCCCAACUACAUAUUCUCUUUUUUCCUUUAAUUCUUCUUUUGAUAAAUUCAUGUCUCGCUGGAACUUGUAUGUGAGUACGUGCCAAUGAGGAACUAUUUACUUUGCA